AUGUGUAGGGGGGGCGGGGGAGCGGGGCUGACGGGCUGUCAGAGCCUCCAGCAGCCCAGCCCUCCCGAGAGCCCGCGCCUCCAGGGCCCAGGAAGGGAGGGCGUGUCCUGUCACCCGCGCACCCCAGCCCUCCAGUCUCUGGGACCAAAAAACAAUCCCAGAGCUCAAACUCGAGCGGCCGCACAACUGGGCUGCACAUCUGGUUCUCUGUGGCACAGCUGGGGAGCCAGGACGCCGGAAGGGGCGCCUGGAGUCAUUAACCGCAGAUUAGGCGCGGCCCGGGAUCCCGCUGGGACUGGACUCCAAGCGCUAAUCCGCACCAGGAUCCCAAUCCGCGCGCUGGCUGCACAGAGGGUCAAAGGCAGCGGGACUCAGCGGAUCGAGCGUGUUGCAGGGGCCGUGGGCUCGGGCGCCCCCUGGAGGCCGAGCGGCCCCCAAGCUCGGGGAAGAGGCCUUGGGCACCCCCUGUCGGGCAGUGCCGACCCUGCACUCCCGGCGUUCGGGCCGCUAAGUUGGUGCCUGGAGUGUCCGUCCACGCCCAGCCCGUCACUCCGCCACUCCCGCCGCCAAGACAGUGGGUCCCGCAGCCUCCACUCUUCUGGUGUGAGAUGGGACCGGAGGGCGGAGAGGGGACGCGGAAGCUCCUAUCUCUCCAGCCACAAUCGGCACCCAGGGUUCAGGCGGGUUCCUCUUCUGGGGUUGGGCAUCCUCAGAUGCCUGGGGGCUGGGGAGGCGGGGGCUUCAUCUCUGCUUCUGGGCUGCAGAUUCGAGAUUGCCCUAAGCCCUCUGACCCGGCCUGUCCUAGCCUCUGGCUGCCCUUCUUUCUGCCUCUUGUUCUUUCUGCCUUCUGUCUGCUUCCUGUCUCUGGGUAUGUCCAUCUCUCUCUUCCCUAUUCUGGCUGUGUCUGUCUGCUCUCCCUCUUGCUGCCUUCCCUACCUGGCUUUGUCCCUCUGCAUCGGUUUUUCUGUGUCUCUUUGUGUCUCGCUCCCUCCCUCCACAUCUCUCCAUCUCACUGUGUCUCUCUUUACUAAUGCCUCUCUUUGUCUCUGUCUUUAUCUCUGUCUCUCCCCAACCCCACUCCCCAGCUCUAUUCCUAUUCUCUGGGUUGCUGCCUCUGGGGACUGCAGCAGCCCAACAGGGCAGCCCGGAGAUGCCUCGGGGCACUGCCCGGGGUCCUCCUCCUGGUCACCUCCACAUGCCCGUCAACUCCGCGCAGCGUUGAUCUUCCCGCUGCGGCUGUGGGACGUGGAGGGGCGCCCGGAAAGGAAGACACAGGGCCCAGCAUCUGCUCGGGAGCCCCAGGGCCCCUGACCCCCUCUGCCAUUAUUAAGGGCGCCGGGUCCCGAGGCACCGAGAUGAUCAUGAUUGCAUCAGCCAGACAGAAGCGGAGCCGGGAGCUGCGCGCAGAUGGUGCCCGGGCUCCCGCUGCCAACCUUGCUAGGCGGUGCCAACCUCAGUCCUGGCAGACAACGGGCAGACGAGAAGAGGAGCUCCUGGCUGGCCAAGCCGACCCUCCCCCACCCGGCAUCGAGCUCAAGACCCCCCCACACACGCCUGCCCCACUCCAGCGACCACCCCAGCCUGCCUCUCACUGGGUCCGCUCUCAGGUCCCCAAACUCCUCGUCUCCUUCUGCUCCCUUCCCCACACCUUCCCGCUCCUCGCCACCUGCCGCCCUGACCAGGGCCGGCGUAUUUGCAUAUUUGCAUAUGCAAAUAAUAACAUUUGCAUACGGUGCUCCGCAGGGGUGUCUCCGCGAGAGCCGGUUAGCUGUCUGCCCUCCGUUCUCACUCGGUACCUGUCGGAAAGGGUUAGGGCAGGGGCCGCGCGGGUGGGGUUAGGCCCCCGGCCUAGCUAGCUCGGUUCUCGGAGGACUUGAGGAAGUGUUGCCAUGGAGACGGCACGCACCCCACCCCCUCCCAGGCCCAGGGUCUCGGGCUUGGUGUCUCUGGUUGUCUCCCCUUACCCACCCUCCACCCCCUCCCCAUCCCUCGCUCUCCAACCGAGAUCUUGCAUCGCCCCCUGGCGGCCUAGCUCGGCGCCAAGCCAGAUUCCGAAAUGCAAGGGGCUGCCUGCGGCUAAAUCGCCAAGAGCAAGGGGGGACUUAUCCUACUACAAGAUCCUGCUCCCAACCGCUGGGGCGCGGGGGCGGCGACUCCAGCCCUGCGCUCCCCUUUCUUUACUGACUACAGAGGCCUCACCUGGCGGGCGCACUUCCCACCUCCCGCCAACCUCAGCCCAGAUGGGUCUCAGGUUACCCGAUGGUAACGAGGCGGGACAGCUAGGGAGGAUUCUCCACCCCUCCGCAGGCCCUCUCCUCAACCCCAGUUAAAUAACAACUUUUCUAAGUUUUGUCAAAAGUUUAAUAAAUUCGCAACAUU